AUGUGCGUUUUGUCACGAUCAUUGGAUGCACGUGGAAGCCCAGAAGUUUCUUACUUCUCUGCCACCACCUCUCUCUUUCUUCCUCCUCCUCCUUCUUCUUCUUUUUCUUCCUUUUCUUCUCUUGCUGUUAAACUUGUUCGAAGCAUGGCUCUUUCCGGAGGUCACAAAGAUAGAGAGUUGAGAGUUCAUGAAAGUUUGGAUGAGCUUAGCACUGAUUUGGCAGACUACAUUGCUGAACUAUCAGAGGCAUCAGUGAAGGAGCGGGGUGUCUUUGCAAUUGCUUUAUCUGGUGGUUCUCUCAUUGGCUUAAUGGGGAAACUCUGCGAAGCUCCUUAUAACAAGACUGUAGACUGGGCCAAAUGGUAUAUAUUUUGGGCUGACGAGCGUGUUGUGGCAAAAAACCAUGCUGAUAGCAAUUACAAGCUUGCAAAGGAUCGCCUUUUGUCUAAGGUACCUAUAAUUCCCAGUCAUGUGCAUUCUAUUAAUGACACAGUGUCAGCAGAGGAGGCUGCUGAUGAUUAUGAGUUUGUCAUUCGUCAGUUGGUGAAAUCUCGUGUGAUCAGCGUGUCUGAUAUAAGUGACUGCCCCAAAUUUGAUCUCAUCCUCCUGGGAAUGGGGCCUGAUGGCCAUGUUGCCUCACUAUUCCCUAACCACUCGGCGCUUGAGGAGAAAGAUGAAUGGGUAACUUUUAUAACUGAUUCCCCCAAGCCUCCACCUGAGCGAAUCACAUUCACUUUGCCCGUCAUCAACUCGGCAUCCAAUGUAGCUAUAGUCGCAACCGGUGACAGCAAAGCAGAGGCUGUGCACCUGGCAGUCGAUGACGUGGGAUCUGACUCCCCAUCAGUGCCGGCAGGGGUUGCCCAGCCACUGAAAGGGAAGUUGGUGUGGUUUUUGGAUAAGGCAGCUGCCUCAAAACUCGAGGGUUCCCAAUUUUCUGCAUAG